AAAUAGUUUUAUGAUGACUGCUAUUGCUACUGCUUCUUCUCAACCUGCUACUGCUACGUCACAAGCGGUAGCAGAAUGGGUACGAAUAUUUCCUAAAGGAGUCACUGAGAAUGUAACAAGCUCUACUUCGUUCAUGAAACAAUUGACUAUUGUAGCAGUUAGCACCGUUACCUAUUUGAAAAAUAUAUUCCCCGAAGAUAGUUAUAUGACAGAACAUUUUGCGGGAGUUAAAUUGCGAAUUCUUAAAAAGAAAUGUCGAGAUGAAUUGGCGCAGUUCUUAAGUACGUCUCUAAUAAAAGGGUUUGAAGCAAUUGAUAAAAAAUAUUUAAAAAAACUGGUGUUGUGCUUCUACGACAAAGAGUGCAAAGCCGAAAACUUGAUAGAGUACCAUUCGUUCGAGUUUUCAUACACCGACGCGGAGACGGCAAUGAGCAUGGAGUCCAAAACCCGGGACGGCUCGCACUCUACCAUGUACAAGUUUGAGAACGUCCGCGAGAGGACUCUCCACUUGAUCCGCGCCUGUGUGGUCAUCACGGAGUCCUGCCAGCCGCUCCCAGAGAACUACGAACUUGGUAUACGACUGUAUUAUAAUGACGCGGCGCCGGCGGACUACCAGGCGCCCGGGUUCCUGCCAGUAGACGGUCCGGACCACAUCACACCGCUCACGCCGCACGCGGUCAAACUGGGCUGGGUAGCCACGCCCUUCCACCGUCUCACCACCCGCACUUACGUGCGUGACGUGCCCGCAAGCCACGAGCCACAGGCCAGUCAAAGUCCUCCGAUACUCAACGAAACCAAUGCGUCCGAUGAGCAAAUGAUGGUUUCCGAAUCGGAGCCGCAGCUCAUCUGCUCGUGUCGGAGAUUCGACGUAGAAGGCGAACUGCUGAUCUGUUUCUACUGCAACACUCGCCAACAUGCAGCGUGCUACGGCGUGAUAUCGAGUGCGGUUCGGGAACACUGCUGUGUGAGGUGCUCAGACGCCGACCCCACAAGGGUUCCAACGGACCCCAAGCUGGCCUCGUUGCAGGAUAAAAAGCGAGAGGUGCUGUGCAUAUUCCGUCGCACGUUGAUAUGGUGCCGUUCGCUUGGUACAGCAACCGUUAGUGCUGAGGCGCUGGCGGUCGCGUUGCAACUAACCGACAGCAAUGCUGCGCGCUUGAUGAAGAUGCUACGCAACUGCAGCGUGCUGCCCGACUCCAAAGACAGUAUCGACACACCACAGCAUGUACAGCCGGAUGGACUGAGAUCCGUCAUGAAAAAAUACUUCCACAGUAUCGAUAUCGUCGAGCGACUCGUCACGGAAUCCACUUCAGAAGUAGUCGACCCUUUGGGAGAAGUUCUCAGUCCUUUGGAGAUGGUCAACCUGCAGGAAUCUAUAGGCCGAUUAAUCGACAACCAGCAAAUGUCACAGGAAACACUGGUUUUAAGCAACCCAUCGAAUGCUGUCUCCGGGGAAGCGCUUGCGAACAACCAAGAUACAAAUAUAGACUCGACUUUAAAUGAGUAUCGCGAAGCUUUUAUAAGCCAAAGCGUUGAGCCCAUGCGAGAGUUAAGAAGUAGCAAAAGGAAAACAGAUGAUAAACCCGCAAUGGGGCUUCGGGCGAAACGAAGCAAAAAUAAUAAAAUCUAGUUAUAUGAUUUUCAUUAUAACAUACAACAAUAUUUUUUAUCUUCGUAUUAAU